AUGGCACCAAGCGAAUACUCCACCCCCGGUGGAGGCGGCAAACUAAAACUGAAAGGCUCCAAGACGAGCAACGGUCGAAUAGAGAAGAAAAAGAAGAAGAGCAGCAAGAAAGGCAAUGUGGAGGAGAAUGAGCAGCAGAAGCAGCAGGAGCAGCAGCAACUUACAACAACAACAACAUCAGCAACAGCGAGUGGUGCUGAAGAGGAACCUCGCGCUGAUGAGCAUGAAUCAUCAUCAGCAGGGACUGGGAAGACCGAAGCGGAGAGAAAGUAUGAGGAGAUGAGGAAGAAGAGGCUGCAAGAGCGCCUGAAACGAGAAGGGGUCAAAACUCACAAAGAGCGCGUCGAAGAAUUAAACAAGUAUCUGAGCAGACUAAGCGAGCAUCACGACAUUUACUGGUUGGCCGAAAAUUGGACCGGGCUAAAAGGAGUGUCCUCCCCCGUGGUACGGAUCGGUGGCUAUCGUAUCACUUUGUUUCAGGCUCGUUAUGUACUAGUCGUAGUAGUGGCUACGUGGGUAGCUAGCACACGACUAAUCUCAGACCACGCUGGGAUGAUGGCUAUUACGUGGGGAUUUGGAUUUAUGAGUUCAAUUGAUGGAAGGUGUGGACAAAUAUGCAUAUAUACCUAUGACCGCUUGGCUAUGUGA